AUGAACUGUGUGGGAAAAGUAUCUGCGUCUGACAGUAUUCAAGUGGAUUAUUGUGCCCAUCAAGAAGUAUCCGAUAAGAGAAGAUACCCUACGUUUGCUAGGACACGACCACCAAACACUCAGAUCUCAAGGUCAGUAUCAUCCCUUUUGGUGACACUUCGAUGGAUGAAGGUAGCUUUGCUUUACUCCACAGUUCAUGCGGGAAACUUCAUUGAAAUAUCUCGCUCAAUUAUAAAUUCACUGCAUGAUGUAGGAGUCCAGAUUAACUUCAAAGGAACUUGGAAUCACAUUUAUCACCAUGGUUACAGUGAAAAUCCUUUCGAUAAAUUGAUUGUGGAAUCAUAUCAAGAUACUCGAAUUUAUGUUAUUGUGGGGUAUAAUUUUGAAUAUUUGGGCAUGAUGAUGAGUCUUCGACAGAGAGGACUAUUAGACAAAGGAGAGUAUUUCGUUGUUGGCGUUGACAUUGAACAAUAUGACAUUCAAAAUCCAAUGAAAUAUUUAAAAGGAUUGCUGAAAGAAGACAUCGAAGAAGAAGCAAAGAAGGCUUUCCAGUUUUAUCUGGGAGUCGUCGCCUCCCCUUCCCAAGAAUCAGAAGACUUUACCAGAAAAGUGAAUUAUUAUAUGCAGCUUCCUCCCUUCAAUUUCCCAAACCCUGUUCAAAGCUUGGGAGGAUGGAAAAAGAUACCUUCUGAGGGAUCUUACUUGUACGAUGCUGUAUAUGUUUAUGCUAAAGCAUUGAACAGAACUUUAAUUAAAGGUGAAAAUCCUUUGAAUGGAACUAAUAUGAUGAAAUACAUCUUCAGACAAACAUACUUUAGUAUUAUGGGAUUUAUGGUAUAUAUGGAUGAAAACGGUGAUGCAGAAGGAAACUAUACUCUGAUAGCAAGAAAAGAAAUCGUCAACAGACACGGAGAAUUUGGACUUUAUCCAGUUGGAGUUUUUCAACUUCCUGAAAAUAAAUCUGCCAUAUCAAUCCUAAAAUUCAUUCAUGCGAUAGACUGGAUGAAUGGCAAACCUCCUUUAGAUGAGCCUAUUUGUGGAUUUCAAAGGGAAAAAUGCGUGAGUCAUACUUUAAGGUUUGCUGCUCUGGUGUCUGGAAUCAUGGCUGCAUUAAUUCUUCUGAUAUUAUUAUUUGCAUACAAAAACUGGCUUUAUGAACAAGACUUAGACAAUAUUUUAUGGAAAAUUGACUAUAAAGAUAUUCAAAUUUAUGAAUAUACUCCAACGAGUAGAUUAUCAAAACAAACUUUACAUCCGAUCAUAAGAACAAGUCAGGUAUCUCUAAGUUCCAAUACUGAUGGUGAUUUUAGAUAUACCAACAUCUACACAACAGUUGGAAUUUAUAAAGGACGUAUGUUAGCCGUGAAAAAACUGAAGAAAAAAAGUAUUGAUAUUACACGGAAAAUGAAAAAGGAAUUGAAAAUGAUGAGAGAUCUUCAUCACGAGAAUCUGAAUUCGUUUAUUGGAGCCUGUAUCGAACCUCCUAACGUAUGUAUUGUAACAGAAUAUUGCUCAAGAGGAAGCUUAAAGGAUAUCCUUGAAAACGAAGACGUAAAGCUGGACAACAUGUUUAAUUCAUCCCUUAUAUCUGAUAUUGUUAGAGGGAUGAUUUAUCUGCACGAUUCUCCAAUUCACUCUCAUGGGAACUUGAAAACUUCCAAUUGUCUGGUAGAUGGUAGAUGGGUAGUUAAACUCUCUGAUUUUGGACUUCACGAAUUAAAGUUUGGAUUAGAUUUUGAAGAUUGUGAAAAAGAUUUUGAAGAACAGUGUGAAAAAUUGUUGUGGAAAUCUCCCGAGAUAUUAAGGGAUCCUUAUGCUCCAAACGAGGGUACACAAAAAGGUGACAUCUAUUCAUUUGGAAUAAUACUAUAUGAAAUCAUUGGUAGAAAAGGACCUUACGGAUAUAUUAAAAUGACACCCUCAGAAAUAAUAAAAAGCCUGAUCCAACGAGACAAGUGUCCUCCUCUUCGACCAAAUAUAUCUAAAUUGGAGGCUGAUAAUGUGCCAGAAUGUGUUCUGAAUUGCAUGCAAGAAUGCUGGUGCGAAGAACCAGAAUAUAGGCCUGACUUUAAAAUUAUCCGUUCCAAAUUGAGACCUAUGCGAAGAGAAAUAAAGCCUAACAUUUUCGAUAAUAUUUUGUUAAUGAUGGAAAAAUAUGCGGAUAAUUUGGAAGCCUUGGUGGAUGAGAGAACUAAUCAAUUGAACGAAGAAAAGAAGAAAACCGAUGCAUUGCUUUAUGAAAUGCUUCCAAAGUAUGUUGCAGAUCAACUGAAAAAAGGACAUAAAGUACAAGCUGAAUCUUUUGACUGUGUAACAAUAUUUUUCAGUGACAUUGUUGGUUUUACGUCAAUGUCGGCAAGGAGCAGUCCAUUGGAAGUUGUGGACUUUCUUAAUAAUCUGUACACUUGUUUCGAUGCCAUCCUUGAAAAUUACGACGUGUACAAAGUUGAGACAGUUGGAGAUGCAUACAUGGUUGUCAGUGGAUUACCAGUCAGGAACGGAGACAGGCAUGCCUCAGAAAUCGCAUCAAUGGCUUUACACCUAUUGGAAGCAGUAAACAACUUUCCCCUCAACGGCAAACCAACUGAUUCUCUCUUAUUGCGGAUUGGUAUACAUUCAGGAGCUGUAUGCGCUGGAGUUGUUGGGAAGAAAAUGCCAAGAUAUUGUCUAUUUGGUGACACGGUGAAUACAGCAUCGAGAAUGGAAUCAAGUGGUCUUCCACUUCGUAUUCAUUGCAGUGAAUCAUUCAGACAAAUGUUGCUAAAAUUAGGUGGUUAUACUUUUGAAGAAAGAGGAACUGUACAUAUAAAGGGCAAAGGUGAAAUGGUUACAUAUUGGUUAAUUGGACAAGAAAAAUACAGAAUAAAGAACUCUCCUCGUCCAGCAACAAAUAAGAUUUUUCCUAACUCUCAACAAGUUACGAGAUCUUCAUUAAAGCAACGUAAUCGAAACACAUCACCUACCUUCAACAGGAAAUUUUCCCUAGAUUCACGCAAAAUUUUACGAUUUGACCCACAAAUCCACACAAGUUCAUCUAAAAAGCAUUGCAAAUCUAAUCCCAGACUGAAACCAUUGUUGUACCAGAGCAAAAGUUACAACUCUUUCUUCCAGGAUUACGAACUACCUAAUUUAUAUCGAAAUUCUUCCUCUUCUGACAGAAGAAAUUCAUCAUGUCCAUGCUUAGAAGGAGAUUGAAACUGAAAGAUUUCGUCCUGUCUUACCCUUCUUUUUAAAAAUAUUUUUAAAAAAAUCAUUUGAACUAAAUGGGGGGAAAUGAAACAUCUUUCCAGUGUAAUGAAGCAUUUUUCCAAUGUAAUGAAGCAUCUUUCCAGAGUGAUGAAGGACUUUUUCAAUGUGAUGAAAUAUUUUUCCAAUGUCAUCUUUCCAGUGUGAUGAAUGAUUUUUUUCUAUGUGAUGAAACAUUUUUCCAAUGUAAUGAAGUAUCUUUCCAGUGUGAUGAAUAAGGCCCGGAUUUUGAUGACAUU